GUUCGAACAAGAUUAAUCUGACCGGAAAUACGUCAUUCAGAACGUCAUCAGUCUGGCGAUGUUUUCUUUGUUUUCGCGCAAUAUUGCGGGAAAAAAUUAUAAACGAAUGCUGUCAUUAGUGCAAGAUGGACUACGAUUUUGAGCUUGAAGGACCGUUCGUUAUUUUCGCCAGUGAAUUGGCAAGCGCUAUCGAUCAACAUCCGUAUAAACCAAGGGAAGAGACUAUCUUUGGGGUGUGGAAACGAUACGAUCGCCAAUCAUUUGCAUUUUACCUCGGCUUGGCUCAUGCGGACGAGGUUUACGAGCUUUGCAAGAAGUAUGUCAAGGAUAGACCGAUGAGAAAUCCUCUUCCAGAUGAAAUCGACAGCCACUUGGGCAGAAAUGCAUUCAUAAACUCGUUGAAAGAGAUCUUCCUGAACUUGGAAUGGCGCAGUUUACGACAGAAAAUUAUGACAUUUGUUGACACGAAGAAAUUUCACGAAGUGAAAGAGAAAGUGCUGUUAAGCCAGCUCGGUGAAACUGAAAGGGUGAAUCAAGCUAUCGUUAACCUGUGUUCUGAAGAAAAAAAGUCUGUAAAAGAAAAGGUUGAAGAGGUUUGUCAAACUAUCACCAAGGAAACUGGCAAGACUGUAGACAAGGUGACCCAGGAUGCUUUAGCCCACAAAUUACGCCGUGACAGAGGGACAGUUUUGGAAGCAAAAACCGUGACAGAAUUUGCAGUUGCCUCUGGAAAGGACGUGCGCAGAGAACCGGCAAAGUCAUACCGGAAGCAUAUUACCUGUAAUGACCUGACCUGGGUGUUGGUAGGUCGGGUUGAUGCUCGUGACGAAGCCACCAUAGUUGAGGUUAAGAACCGUACAAGAAGGUUCAUGUGUCCAGAUUAUGAUGUUCUGCAGCUUCAAGCUUAUAUGUUCCUGUGUGACAAAAGCAAAGGCAUAUUAUUAGAGAGAUUGCGUGGUGAAAACAAGGAAACACCAUUUGAAUUCAAUGAAUCGUAUUGGAACGAAGCCAUUGUCCCAGCCAUGUAUGAAUUUGUUCGUGAUCUUGAGGAAAGGGUGAUCAUGAGUCGGAGUAUACUGGAUGGAGUUACCCCUCCGGUUUCGCCACAAAAACGAGUUUGUAACUUUGAAGUUGAGUCGCCAAGGAAAGUCGCUAGGGUUGAACUAGGCUCGCCAAUUGUCCUGCAGGGUUCCUCAUGGGAGAACAAGGUACAUUCUGAGGAUAAUGAGGUUCAUCAUGGUGGUAACAAGGCUCAUCAAGGAGUCGAUGAGGCUUGUCCACUUACUCAGGGGGUUCUUCAGGGAUCAUCCUGGGAUGAUGAGCCAUCAUCUGAUCUUGGAAUAAACUCUUCACAUGAUGGAAAUGAUUCUUUUGCUCUUUAUUUAUCACCGUCCGAUACAGAAAGUGACGAAGAGCUGGCAAACAUGCCAUUAGAUCAUUUGAUUGAGCAUGCAUAUAAUAUAAAUAAUUGUACAUAGAUAUAAAGAUAGCACAAAUAAUUAGCAAUUUUAUAAGGUCUAUCAAGACUCUUUUUAGC